CCCGCUGCAGUCACGGCUCGGCUCGAUAUGCGCACAGACAGACAGACAGACAGACAGACAGAGGUAGAGCAGAUAGAGAGAGAGAGAGAGAGAGAGAGAGAGAGAGGAGGACACACUUUAACAACACCCACACACUCACUACUCAAGCUUUAUUUUCACAUGUCGGCUCUCUGUCAUAGGUAGAUACGCAGGAGUGCAUUUUCUUUAGUUCACUUCGCAUUUCAAGUCUGUUUUACGCACAAACGUCAUCGUUUUUUAGCAGCUGUCUACUCUGCAGAAGUGCAUGUUUGCUACUUUAGUGAUGCGCGUCUCGUGCAGCCGACCCGGUGCUGUUUGACACAUUCCCCCCUCACACCGAGCUGGAGGCACUAACCCGGUGUGUUUUCUUACCGAGGGGGAAGUUGGGACUCAGUUAAACUUUUCUUUUUCUGGCUGUACUUUUUUUUUGGAUGCCACGGAAAUGUGCCGGCGCCAACCGGAGAGCGUGUCCGCCGCGCUUUGUAGUCACAGUUUGCUGUGGACGGUGCUGCUGCUCUGGAUGAGCACGUUAGUGGACGCGACCUGGAAGACAGGACUGUACAAAACCUACUCAGCCUCUCAGACAGCAGCCUCUCACACCUCAGUCUACCAGAAAAGGAACUGGUGUCCUCAUACGGUCACUAAGACGGUGACUUGCCAGGUGCAGAAUGGGACCCUCCUGCAGCGGGUCUACCAGACGUGCCGCUGGCCGCAGGGAUGUACGGGAGGCAGCUACAGGACCGUGGUCAGACCUUCCUAUAAAGUGGUGUAUCGCACUGUGACCUCUCUGGAGUGGAAAUGCUGUCCAGGAUUCAGCGGCGCCGCCUGUGAAGAAGAUGCAGGGAACCAGCUUGUAGCUCAAGAGGCAGUCAGGAAACCAUCCACGCUACGCCGCCCGCCUGCACGCACAGGGGAGUCGAUCUCUAAUUGUCUCAACUGCAGUCGCAUCACAGCUUUGACCGACAGGCUGAGCUCACUGGAGGCGAAGGUCCAAUUAUUCAAUGCCCCGACCUCCAUAGCACAUCGCCACCUUCAGGGUAAAGGAGGAACUGCACCAGAGGCCUCAUUACUGAUGGGGGCUGUGCCCGCUCAGGGAGCUCCUGGUGAGCAGGGACCUGCAGGUCCACAGGGUGAAAAGGGGAGAGAUGGGCUUCCUGGCAGAGAAGGGAAGGCAGGGUCUCGAGGGCUGCCAGGUCCCAGUGGGCCUCGGGGGGAGGCCGGGACGAGGGGCCCAUCUGGAUCCCCUGGAUCCAAGGGAUCCUCGGGACCUGCAGGCCCCCGUGGUCCACCAGGACUCCCAGCAGAGAGAGGUCUACCAGGCCCGCCUGGCCCUCCAGGGCCUCCAGCUCCAGCCAGCGCCCACAUCCCAGAACCAGACCACAGUGGUAAAAAGGACCCUUUCUUCAGCAACACUUUCCAUGACUCACGAGGGUUGCCUGUUCCAGGACCUCAGGGUCCGCCCGGGCCUGUCGGUCCACCAGGUCCCAAAGGCCCAGUAGGACCUCCUGGCCCAUCAGGACAGAAUGGUAAAUCUGGAGCCCCCGGAGCGUCGGGCCCUGUGGGGCCGAAGGGAGAACGUGGGGAGAGAGGUCCUUUAGGUUACCCAGGAGAGAGGGGCUUCAGAGGCGAUUCGGGAACACCGGGUCCAAAGGGAGAGCCAGGAGAGAAGGGCUUACCGAGCAAUCUAAAUGGGGACGGGAUACAUCAGAUCAGAGAGGCGCUGAAGAUCUUAGCCGAGAGGGUUUUAAUCCUUGAGACUAUGAUCGGUAUUCAUGAGCCUGAUCUAGGGUCUGGGGACGGACCGUUUGGCACAGCCUCCCCUAGUUUCUACAGAGAUAAGCGAGCAGGUGCGCUUCCAUAUCGACUUGCUUCUCCUCUGUCCUCCAACACCAAGGUUCGAGGGAAGUAGCUCCCCAACCCCCCACCCCCCCCACCCCCGCUCACCCUGAGGAUCACAGGCUGGGUUGACUCCCCCUCCUAUAGGUCUCAUCGGCACUCAACAGAUUUAGACCUUAUCUGAUACGCUAAGACGUCAGAUUUAGGAUGGGGGACACCUCAGGGAAACUCCACUGAUACUCCACAAUGCCCUCCUCCAUCGGGAACCUGAGAACUAGUUUGACCCCCACCCAUCACCAUAACACUUAUCUUUACAUAACACACCCAGCAGCUUUCUGUGUCUUAUUUCUUUGGCUACAGACGUCAAGAUGUUUAAUGUUUGAAAAAAAGGAAAAUCUGAAUCUUCUGUGGUGCUCCUCAGUUCUGGAUGAUAAGGGUCAUUUAGAGUAAACAAUUCAAGGAGGAAUCAGAUGUGAGAACAUAGACUGGAUUUGUGUUUGUGUUGCUUUCACAAUGUAACUGCGACCUGAAGAAAUUCCACUAUUUAAGUAUAUUGAGCAUGUACAGUUUGCAGGACACAAGUACACAAACAAACCUCCUCUUCUAGUAUUCAUUUUGUUAUACUUCUAUCAUAUUGUUUAACUCAAUGUUAUGUAGUGCACUAAAAAGAUGAAGUCAUCUCUACUCUAAGAUAUGUGUUGCUAACAGUGAUUUGUAGUUUUCUGCUGUGAGUGUUUUCCCCCCUUAAAGUACACACUGAUAAAGUGAUUUAAUAUACAAUAGUAUAUUUACAUUUAAUCUGUGGAAAGAAAGCACACACAUUUGGGUUUGGUGGCAUAUCCAUGGAAAGUCCUGCAUUAUGUUGUAUUCUGGGAACAAAACAUGUUGAAAUGAAAACAACUCUGCAAACUGGCUGUCCAUUUCAAGACACACACACAGAGGAAAUAGCAAAACUGUUAAUGGAACUUGAACAUAUUUUUUACCACUGUUGACAGCUUAAACUGUCCUGAUGAAAAGACUUGAUAAUUGCUCUUUCAUCUUAUAUCAAACUUAUUGUGAAACUAUUUAAAAUGAUCAAUUGUAUCUUAUUUUGUAUGCUGUUGUGUAACCAUUUCAUAUUUCAUUCAACAUGUUUUCUCUUGCAAAUGUGUUAUUGUGUUAAGAUAAUCCUGUCUAGAUGAUUGGUGUAAUAAAAUAAUGUUCAUUGUUUUGUUUUUUAAA